AUGGAUCAGUUUGAUCGGAAUACACACGGAUGGUUACGCUCUAAACUGGCUAUGGAGAAAUUGCAGUUUCGAAACCCUAACGAAGCUCGUUUUCGAGAACUGUCAAAUGUUGCUUUAGUUUUGCUUAAUUUAGCUGAGAAUUGUUCAAACUCAUUAUCGUCAUUGUUAAUUUACGAUGGCGGUAACAGAGAGAGUUUGCUUCAUUUCAUCCAUGAAACGAAUUGUAAUUUACAAAAACUUGACCUACAAUUGCCUCUGGAUUUAGACGACAGUCAUUUGAUCGAAAAAGGUGCGAAAUUCGAUCUGUUACAUGUUCUUCGGUUGCAGAGUUAUGCUAUGGUUACAAGUGAAGGAUUGAAAACCCUAGGGUUAGGUUUGAGUGAUAGCCUUGAAGAACUAGCUUUAACUAAAUGUGAUGUUAUUAAACGAGAAACCGGAUUCCUUGUGGAAUUAGCUCAGAGUUUACAGAAUGUUAAAACUCUGGAUCUGUCUUAUAAUCACAUGUUGAUUGAUAAAGAUUUUGCAUCAAUGAUCAGUUCGUAUCGUGAGUUACGGAAACCGAAUAUUCGACGUUGCAGUAGGUUAACUGAUAUAUCAUUGAUUUCGUUGUGUAAGAACUGUAAGCAUUUGAAGAGUGUUGAUUUGCUUUACUGCAAUGGAAUUUGGGUGGAAGGCGUUGAGUUUGUAAUUCUGAAUUCUCCGGAGUUGAGAAAUGUACAGGUUGAAGAUCGAAAGUUGUCGGAAGCUGCAAGGAGAUGGAUGGCAAGUAAUUUUAUUGAGGUUCAAUCCUGA